AUGGUAAAACUGCCAAGUGAUUUCGUCUGGGGCUACGCGACAGCCAGCUACCAGAUCGAAGGCUCAGCCAGCGCAGGCGGGCGUGGACCGUCCAUCUGGGACACCUUUAGCAAGAUUCCGAGCAAGAUCCGUGACGGCUCGAAUGGAGAUAUUGCCACAGACUCAUACCGCCUAUGGAAGGAGGAUGUCGCGCUGCUCAAGUCGUACGGCGUGCGGGCUUAUCGGUUCUCGAUCUCGUGGUCGCGUGUGAUCCCCCUCGGUGGGCGGAAUGACUUGGUUAACGAGGAGGGAAUCGCGUUCUACAGGGGUUUGAUCGAGGAGCUCUUGAAGAACGGCAUCACGCCCUUUGUGACGCUGUAUCACUGGGAUCUACCUCAAGGUCUCGAUGAUCGCUACGGCGGAUGGCUGAACAAGGAAGAGAUUGUGAAAGAUUAUGUGAAUUAUGCUAGGUUGUGCUUCACGAGAUACGGAGAUUUGGUCAAGAACUGGAUCACCCACAACGAACCGUGGUGCAUCUCUGUCUUGGGGUACCAGAAGGGCGCUUUUGCACCGGGUCAUAAAGGGGACGUAGAGCCGUGGAUUGUCGCACAUCAUACGAUCCUUGCGCAUGCAUACACAGUCAAGCUCUAUCGAGAGGAGUUCAAGCCUACACAGGGCGGCCAGAUCGGUAUUACUCUGGACUGCCAUUGGCAGCUCCCUUACGACGAUUCACCAGCUAACGUAGCGGCGGCCCAGCGUGGCAUCGACUUUAAGCUCGGGAGAUUUGCAGACCCGAUCUACAAAGGUCAUUACCCCGCCACCGUAAAGGCCAUGAUCGGAGAUCGUCUACCCGAGUUCACCGCAGAAGAGCUCGCCGUCGUCAAGGGCUCUUCAGACUUCUUCGGCCUGAACACAUAUACUACCCAGAUUGUCCAGGAGGGCGGAGGUGAUGAGAUAAAUGGCAGAAUUACGGUUGGGUUCACCAGACCAGACGGGUCGCAGUUGGGAACACAAGCGCAUGUGUCGUGGUUACAAACAUAUCCACCUGGCUUCCGAUUGCUUUUGAACUACCUAUGGAAGACCUACGAGAGGCCGAUCUAUAUCACAGAGAACGGCUUCGCCGCCAGGAACGAGGACGUACUGCCUGUUGAGCAAGUCAUACAUGAUGUGGAUCGCGUUGAGUACUUCGAGGGGUAUGCCAACGCGCUCCUGCAGGCCGUGACCGAGGACGGUGUUCCAGUUAAAGGCUAUUUCGGUUGGAGUCUGCUAGAUAACUAUGAAUGGGCGGAUGGAUAUCUAACGCGGUUCGGCGUCACUUACGUCGACUAUGCCACGCAGAAGCGCACACCCAAGGACUCUUCCCGGGUGCUGAAGAGGUUCUUCGAGAAGCACAUCGAGGCGUAA